UGAGUAUUGUCAGGAUCUUUUUCCAACGGAAGCCCGCUGGACGGGCUGAGUCGUCCACAAUCGUCAUCUGCGCAGCGUGUGCGCAGGCCCGGCACCGCCACAGCUCUUAUCCUGCUUCACUGGCUCAGCUGAGUCUCUGUAUCAGAGGCGUCUCUGACAGAACGGUCGGCUCCGUGUGAGAAACGCCAUCCAUGCUGGAUCACAGAGAAGCUCCCCUCAGCAGUGCUUAAUCUGGACGUUAUGGCAGCUGGUCUGAAUCCUCGCAUUCUCGCCUCACUCAGAUGAAAUGGAUUUACCUGCUUCUUGAACCUGGAUCUUCUCUGCUUUCGUUUUCCACUGGAACAUGCUCAGCUGGAUUUUCCUCCUCUACGACUUGGUUUCUGGGAUGCAAACAGGAUAUCUGGAGAUUUUGGCCUUCUGAAUGUCGCCUGGUUCCCCAUGGCAUGCUGUUUCAGGUCCCACCACCAUGGAAGCUGGACGCUUAACACCCCUCUUCCAGAUGAUGAAGCGGAGCAGCACCACAGCACAAUGGUGGGAGAGGGGAGCAGCGCAGGGGACACUACCCCUCCCCCGAAGCGUAAAGGCAAGUUCUCUACCAUUGGCAAGAUCUUCAAACCCUGGAAGUGGCGGAAGAAGAAAAGCAGCGAGAAGUUCAAAGAAACAUCCGAAGAACUGGAGAGAAAGAUGUCGACAAGGCGCACCCGACAGGAGCUUAUAGAGCAAGGCCUGCUGAAGGAGGUCCCAGAUAAUGACGGAGAGGCCCAAAAUGUGAAGCAGUCUUACGUUAAGAAUGGCCACACACUGCCAGUCAGUGGAGGUGGAGGAGGAGGAGGAGGAGGAGUCAGCACUGGGAGGAGCCCAGGGAACCAGGUCAAGCACCACGGAGAGUCGGACUUUAGGAUGAACCCUGGGAGGCUCACCCAGCCGGAGGACCACAGGGGCCGCUCUCCCUCAGACGGAGACCGCCGUGGAGCUUUGUGCUCCAGGGGCACCGGACUACAUGAAGACGGGUGGAGAAGUGGGGGGAUGGGGGCACGUGCACAUGGAGAGGGUGAAUGGAAAUCCAACUUGGCCUGGCAGGGACAGAUCCACGCUCAGAUGGACGACGGCAGGCGCGGGGGCAGACUUCACCCCGACGACGGGAACAGGAGGCCCGGGCUGCAGAAAGCCCCGUCGGAGGACGGCAGGAGGAGGCCUGCAGAAGCAGACUGGAAGCCAACGCUCCCUCGACACGCCUCCGCAGAGGAGGGAAGAACCCGCAGAGAGUCAGACAGCCAUUUUGUACCUGACCCAGAGGCCCUGCAGGACACCCUUCGCGAGCCUCUGCCGCCUAAACAGUCAGUCAUGCCUCCCAAGUGGCUGAAGACUUCCACCCCUGAGCCGGGCAGCGACGGUCCGCCUCGGACCCCGUCCAACCAUCCUUCCAGCCAGUACCCCUCCCCCUCGGCUGGGGCUUCGAAGCCUGUUCGAUCCGUGUCUUCUGCGGGCACCAGCACGCACCAGCCUGCGCCUUCGGCCCUGACGCCCACCUCGCAGGGCACCAAGCAGCCUCCUCUGCCUCCGCCUAAGCCCGUAAACAGGAACAACGCAGCCAUGCUGGUAUCCGCCCUGCAGGGGGGAGAAAACGCUCAGCUUCCUCUCUACUGGUCCUGCUGGAAGCGAGAGUGCGACUACGACGUCUACUUGUCUCUGCCCGUCUACCUGUGCCGGCGGGCCGGAGGCCUGCGCUCAGGUGACUUUAACCAAGCCGCAGGGGGUGCGAGUCUUCAUCCGGCGAAGCCAUCUCCUCCAAUGCCUCCUAAGAGGACAACCCCGGUCACUAAACGCAACACGGAGGACUCCACGGCGAGCCAUCCUGUCAACCCGUCCCCGCUCUCUGUGGAGGACCACAGCAACCUCCCCCUGGGCUUCCAGCUGCCCCCUCCUCCUCCUUCCCCGCCCCUGCCCACCCACAUACCUCCAUCGCCACCCCGCCAGCACAUGCACACCCACCACCUCCACCAUCAGCAUUCCUACCCGCACCCGCUGCCCCAGCCCAUACCGAUGCUGUUCGACCCACCGAGCCCGACCGUGGAGUCGCCCCAGCGCCCAGCCCCCGUCCCGCUGCACAUCAUGAUCCAGAGAGCCCUGUCCAGUCCCGGCCCGGCGCAGCCGCACCCAGACGGGGCGCAGCGCGCGCACGCGCUACUUUUCGAGACCCCUCCGGACUAUCAAGCGGAUCGCGGGCGACCUCUGCCUGUCAGCAUUCAGCCGCUAAAACUAUCUGAAGACGACUACUCAGAGGAGGAAGAUGACGAGGAAGAGGAGGAGUAUGAUGGGGAGAUCCCCCAGCCAGAGCUGGAGCCACGGAGUCGCCGCUGCCUGGUCGGCGACGCCGGCGUUUGCGUCCUUCCCGGGGAAAAUAGCAGCGAGGAGGAGGAAGACGAGGAAGACGAUGAGCAGGGUCAGCAUGACGGGCACAGGGAGGACAGCGAUUCAGACGGCCCUGGGCACCAUAAUGAGGAAGACUCCGAUGAAGAGGACGAGCCCCCACUCAGUGCUCUGGCCAGCAGGGUCCAGAGGAAGGACACUCUGGCUCUGAAGCUGAGCAGCCGGCCCUGCGCCCCGGACAGGGACCGGUUCGCGCAGGAGAGAAGCAACAGAGAGGAUCACCCUCCGGGGCAGACGGGCCUAACCUGGCAGAGCAGGGAGCAGUGGGAGGCCAUUCGCACACAGAUCGGCACCGCGCUCACAAGGCGGCUCAGCCAGAGACCGACUGCUGAGGAACUUGAGCAAAGAAACAUCCUUCAGCCCAAAAAUCAGGCUGACAGGCAGGCGGAGGUCAGGGAGAUCAAACGGCGUCUGACCAGAAAGCUGAGUCAAAGACCCACAGUCGCAGAGCUGCAGGCGAGGAAGAUCCUGCGUUUCCACGAGUAUGUGGAGGUCACAGAAGCCCAAGACUAUGACAGAAGGGCGGACAAGCCGUGGACCAAGCUGACUCCAGCAGACAAGGCGGCCAUCCGAAAGGAGCUCAAUGACUACAAAAGCACUGAAAUGGAGGUUCACGAAGAAAGCAGAAUUUACACAAGGUUUCAUCGGCCUUAGGGUCCACGCGCUCGGAUAAAGAAGCACUUAAGAUUUCCGUGAGAAGAAGCGGCUCUGUGCGCAGAUUGCCCCCCCCUCCCCCCGCCCCCUCAACAUUGCCAGACUUUGCUGUACUGUUUAAUCGGGGAGGAGCCUGGAAGUAACUCACAACGUGGAUCCUCUAUGCCUGCCUUCCAUCGCCCUCUCGCUACAUCGCUUUUUGCCUCACCCAAGGCGGUGGCGGGCGAGGUCCAGAUGCAGUAUUUCUCCUAGUCGACGGGGGGGAGCGUGCAGGUUAGGAGGGGGAGAGAGAGAGACCCAACGUGCCAACGAAGGAGUGAGGCAGAGGAGGAGCGACACUACAGGGCUUACUCUCGCUCUGCUGCUGCGUGCGUGGUACCCUUCAGAGACUUGGAUCUACUUAAAACCUUUAACGCGGCCUCAUUCUGUGUUGCCUUUUUCUUCUCUUCGAUGUAAAUGGAAACGCUAACUCGUCUUGUUAAUGUUACUAGAAUCCAAUAAAAGCAGUGAUAACGAUGAGGACCUAUCACAUUUCACACAGUAAUAAUAGAUAACGGAGACUGAAGGACCGGAAUGUGAAGAUUUGGACGUUUUCCGCUUUAGGACUUGGCAUCUCUGGGAUAUUGUGUUUUAUAUUAGUGAUGUACAGACUGCUGUUGUUAUAUCUUAGAAUGCAACUGGGGGAAAGAUGUUAUGAUAAAGUAUCCUGUUAUGCACAAGACAUUUUAUUUUACAGUUGUAACCACAUGAAUAGUGAGAGCUUUUAUUUGAGCCUUUUUUGUUUAAUUGUUUGCCUUUGCCUGUGUUUGUGGUUGUGAUUUUGAGGUGGCCAAUUUAGCGUCAAACUAGCUGCAGAAAAAAAGAUGUGCAGGUCAGGGAGGCCAUCUGCGUUUUUUUUUUUUAACGCGUGCCAACAUAAGCAAUGCCUGAAGGACUAUAGGAAAAUGAUUUUUAGCAGUCCACUGCAUGAGCCGACCAGACGUCCAGCGUCUGGAUGAUCUCUCUUCAUUUAUACUUUUUUUAUCAGUUUGUUUUUUUUACUUCCUUUUAAAGAUUGAACAAGCAAUGCAUUCUGUAGCCAUUUUAAAAUAAGGUAAUUCUCAUAGCGUCUGUAAUAAGAGCUUAAAUAUACGUUGCUGUGAGCUUAGAUCAGGGAUUUAUACACACACACAAAAAAAUAAAUCAGAAAAUGUAUAAACGGUCAACAGGGAGUCCAUUUUGGUAAAAAGGAUUUUAAAGCUGCAGGUGUGUUUUAUUGUAUUUUUGUCUGGCCAGUAGCUUACAGGGUUCUCUAUGCUGUGUAUAGGUUCAUAUAGGUUUAACUAAUGCUUCUGUAUAUCUUGUCUUCCUUUCAUUUGGGAAAUACAUUUGAAAUAUAAAGGUGUUAUAGGUUGCUAUUUUUUUAAGUACAAAGCAUUAGUAAUGAUUAAAUGCUACAAGAAUGGAAACAUGAACGCCUUUCUUUUUCUGUAAAAACAAAAAACAAGUUGAGUUUUAAUUGGAUGUUGAAUUGUAUGAGCUGAUGAGUUUUUUUUUUUUUUUUUGACUGUAAAUAGUCAUAUCUGGAUCCAAAUAAAUAAUGCUAUAAUUCUCUGAACCUCCUAUGAAGUGA